UUUUCUCGGGGAGCUUUGAAGGUGGAGUUAAGAGAGGUUGCAGAGGUGUAAAGAAAGGAGGAAUCAUGGCGGGUUAGGGUUUUCUGGAAAACCAUCUCCUUGCUCUCUUCUUCUUCAUCGUCAUCGUCCUUUUCUUUUCAUGGUAGAGAGGGAAAGGGGAAGGUUAGUGUUUUUACGUGACUGAAUCUUUGCUGUUGGAUCGGAGGAGUCGCCUUCGUCUUCCCGGAGAAGAUGCUCUCGCUUCAGACCGACGGUCGGCAGCAGCAUCAGCUGCAUGGAUCCGGCGGGAAUGGCGCAUUUUCUAGGGUUCCUUUAAAGGUCGAGAACGAGGAGUCGUCGUUCCUCGCCUCUCAGCUGGAUGCCUGCUUGAAACCAUCGCAAUCGGCAGUCGUCGAGUCGAGGGAAGUUGAUGAGGAUGUGCUUUUUGCUCUCGCUCACCAAAAGUACAAGGCUGGAAACUACAAACAAGCUUUAGAUCACAGCAAUGCUGUCUAUGAGAAGAACCCAAGGCGAACUGACAACCUUCUACUUCUUGGUGCAAUUUAUUAUCAGCUUCAUGAAUUUGAUAUGUGCAUUGCAAAGAACGAAGAAGCCUUGCAUAUUGACCCUCAUUUUGCCGAAUGCUUUGGUAACAUGGCUAAUGCUUGGAAGGAAAAAGGGAACAUUGACUUGGCUAUUCGUUAUUAUAUGGUCGCGAUAGAGUUACGGCCUAAUUUUGCUGAUGGAUGGUCAAAUUUAGCUAGUGCUUACAUGAGAAAAGGAAGGCUCAAUGAAGCAGCACAUUGUUGUAGACAGGCUCUUGCAUUCAAUCCUCGUCUGGUUGAUGCUCAUAGUAAUCUUGGAAAUCUGAUGAAGGCUCAAGGUUUAAUACAAGAGGCAUAUAAUUGCUAUGUUGAGGCCAUACGUAUUCAGCCGUCUUUUGCUGUUGCUUGGUCGAAUCUUGCUAACAUUUUCAUGGAGGCUGGAGAUCUGACAAGAGCCAUCUCUUAUUAUAAGGAAGCCAUUAAACAUAGACCAACAUUUGCUGAUGCCCAUACAAAUCUGGGAAACAUCUACAAGGCCAUGGGAAUGCCUCAGGAAGCUAUGACUUGUUAUCAACGUGCUAUACAGGCGAGACCGGAUCAUGCAAUGGCUUACAGCAAUCUGGCUGCUUUGUACUAUGAGCAAGGUCAGUUGGACCUAUCAAUUGUUCAUUAUAAGCAGGCGAUUAAUUGUGACUCUACCUACCUUGAAGCUUACAAUAAUAUGGGAAAUGCCCUCAAGGAUGCUGGCAGAGUCGAUGAAGCAAUUACAUGCUAUAGGUCAUGCCUUGCGCUGCAACCCAAUCAUCCACAAGCUCUUACUAACCUUGGUAACAUAUACAUGGAAUGGAAUAUGAUUAGUGUGGCUGCCACGUUUUACAAAGCAACCUUGGCAGUGACAACAGGGUUAUCUGCACCUUUCAGUAAUCUGGCCAUCAUAUAUAAGCAGCAGGGCAACUAUGCAGAAGCAAUAUCUUGCUACAAUGAGGUUCUCCGUAUAGAUCCUCUAGCAGCAGAUGGACUUGUAAAUCGUGGGAAUACACUUAAGGAGGUUGGUCGUGUUACUGAAGCAAUUCAGGAUUAUGUCCGUGCUGUUAAUAUUCGCCCCACUAUGGCUGAGGCUCAUGCUAACCUUGCAUCAGCCUACAAAGACAGUGGGCAUGUUGAAUUAGCUAUAAAAAGCUACAAACAGGCGCUGAUCUUACGUCCUGAUUUCCCAGAAGCGACUUGUAACCUGCUACAUACCUUACAGUGUGUAUGCGAUUGGGACGACCGGAAGAACAAGUUCAUUGAGGUAGAGAACAUCAUAAAGAGGCAGAUAAAGAUGUCUGUUCUUCCUAGCGUGCAGCCAUUUCAUGCAAUAGCAUACCCACUCGACCCCAUAUUGGCACUUGAAAUAAGUCGCAAGUAUGCUGCCCAUUGCUCUUUGGUAGCAUCUCGUUAUAAUCUUCAAGCCUUCAGUCAUCCACCUGCUGUACCUGUUAAAAGCGAAGGUGCUAGUGGAAGGCUGAGGAUCGGGUAUGUAAGCAGUGACUUUGGCAACCACCCAUUGUCACAUCUCAUGGGUUCAGUUUUUGGCAUGCACAACAGAGAGAACAUUGAGGUUUUCUGCUAUGCAUUAAGCCAAAAUGAUGGUACUGAGUGGAGGCAGCGAAUCCAGUCUGAAGCUGAACACUUUGUUGAUGUAUCUGCUAUGUCAUCAGAUAUGAUCGCAAAGAUGAUUAACGAUGAUAAGAUACAGAUACUGAUAAACUUGAAUGGUUAUACUAAGGGUGCAAGGAAUGAAAUAUUUGCAAUGCAACCAGCACCUGUUCAAGUCUCUUACAUGGGAUUUCCUGGGACUACUGGUGCACCAUAUAUUGAUUAUUUGGUCACAGAUGAGUUUGUCUCCCCUCUACAGUAUGCCCAUAUUUACUCUGAGAAACUUGUACAUUUGCCACAUUGUUAUUUUGUGAACGAUUAUAAGCAGAAAAACCAAGAUGUUUUGGACCCUGUCUGUCAGCACAAACGUUCUGAUUAUGGUUUGCCUGAAGAUAAAUUCAUAUUUGCUUGCUUCAAUCAGUUAUACAAGAUAGACCCAGAUAUCUUUAACACCUGGUGUAACAUUCUUAGAAGGGUCCCAAACAGUGCAUUAUGGCUCCUCAGAUUCCCAGCUGCUGGCGAGAUGAGAUUGCGAGCAUAUGCUGCUGCAAGGGGUGUUCGGCCAGAUCAGAUCAUUUUUACUGAUGUUGCUGUGAAGAAUGAACAUAUCAGACGAAGUGCCCUGGCUGACCUUUUCCUUGAUUCGCCAUUGUGUAACGCACAUACGACUGGUACCGAUGUUCUAUGGGCAGGUCUGCCUAUAGUGACAUUGCCCUUGGAGAAAAUGGCUACUAGAGUGGCUGGCUCACUAUGUUUGGCGACAGGUCUCGGUGAGGAGAUGAUUGUUAGCAGUAUGAAGGAAUACGAGGAGAGGGCCGUUGCUUUGGCCGAAAACCCUCCUCGACUUGAGGCUUUAGCAAAUAAAUUAAAGGCAGUAAGGUUGACAUGCCCGUUAUUCGACACAGCCCGUUGGGUCAGGAAUCUGGAGAGAGCAUUUUUUAAGAUGUGGAACUUGCACUGUUCAGGACUACCACCUCGGCAUUUUAAAGUAACAGAGGUUGAUGGAGAAUUUCCAUAUGAUCGGUAGUUCACAAUGUAGAACUGUAGAUAGAAAUUAUACAUACACACGGAGUAUACUCGGAUAUACACUUUGGCCGAGGGGCAAAGCAAGCUGGUUGUCCAAAUGAUGCACUGCUGUGUUUCCAACUUCAAACAGUGCUGAGGGAGCCCACUGUGGUCUGUACAACAAAAUGAGUCGGUAUGGUACGCCAGAGGAAAAUUUGAAGGCCAUGAAACAGGAUCGUUUCUUAUAUCUAUAUAUAUUUCCUUUUCCAGAAUGACUGUUACCACACGUCAACGGCAUCAUGGAGGUGAUUUAAACUAUUCAGCUACUUUCCGUAGUGAAGUUUGCUCUCUUCA